AUGAGAAUUUUUAGUUUAAUUAGCUCGAAAAUGAUGAUAAUUUUAUUUAUUGACUUCUCGAUUCGUUGAGAAAUCGUUUAUUUGUAUAGACUAACUACUGUUUUGAUAACUUUUAAAUCAAUUUUGCAUAACUUUUUUGCUAUAUGCGUAAAGAUUCAAUAUUCAUUUAUUAUACUAUACAAAUUAAAAUUAAUUCAAAAGAAAUCCUUGCUUAUGAUAUCCUCUCUUUAUGAAAUUGAAAAAUGGCAUUUUUUGCUAUAA